AUGUCGUUCCAGCCAGGAGACCACUUGUGGAAAAAGGGUGGGCGCUUUUCAGGAAAGCUGUACGAUCACCACGUGAUUUACAAAGCCAAAGAUGCGAACGGACAUGUCAUAAUUGAAAACUCUUUCCGUGCUGGUGGAGUUGUUCAGAAGAUUCUUUCCGAUGCGAAGCUGCAGCCUUACGAGCUCUACGAGAGGCCUUGCGACGCGGAAAGCUGCUUGGCUAGAGCCGAAGCUGCUCUGUCCGAGCGCCGCAAGUACAGCCUCCUUUUCUACAAUUGUGAGACCUUUGCCAACGACUGCCUUCACGGCUCUGGUGGCAGCUUUCAGGUACGAAGGGCAACGGGGCACGUUGCGCUCUUAAGCUCAGUCUCUUCGGCUGCAGCCACCUCCGCGGCAGUUGGCCUGGUUACCACGAGGCACGUAGUGGUUCACAUCCCGGAGAAAGGGAUGUUUGGUUUGUGGGCCUUGCUGGGUUUCACACGACCAGAAGUGAAGACGGUUCUUGUUAGCCAUCCACUCGGGAUAGCUGCAGCCAGCGGCGCAGCAUGUGGAUGUUGCAUCUGGUCCUGCUUUGCAAUCUUCGGACGUGAUCCGAGAAAGCAUCGAAGGCGCCCGGGUCACUAG